AUGGCAGAGAAGAACUUCACCUUAGUGACUGAAUUCCUCCUUAUUGCAUUUGCUGACUGUCCUGAAUGGGCACUACCUCUCUUCCUCCUAUUUUUUUCUAUCUAUCUCAUCACCUUGUUGGGGAACACGGGCAUGAUUAUCCUGAUCUGGGUGGAUCAUCGGCUUCAUACUCCAAUGUACUUCCUUCUGAGUCACCUCUCUUUCAUGGACAUCUGCUACUCAUCUGUCACUGUGCCUCAGAUGAUGGCCGUGUUGUUGGAGCAUGGGACAGUUUUAUCCUACACACGCUGUGUUGCUCAGUUCUUCCUCUUUACCUUCUUUGGCUCCAUUGACUGCUACCUUCUGGCCCUCAUGGCCUAUGACCGCUAUGUAGCUGUGUGCCAACCUCUGCUUUAUGUCACCAUCAUGACGCAGAAGGCCCGUUUGGGUUUUAUGGCUGUAGUUUACAUUGCUGGUCUCUUCAGUGCCUUGGUGCGGACAGUCUCAGCUUUCACUCUCUCUUUCUGUGGAACCAAUGAGAUCAACUUCAUUUUCUGUGACCUCCCUCCUCUUUUAAAGCUGACCUGUGGGGACAGCUAUACCCAGGAAGUGGUAAUUAUUGUGUUUGCCAUUUUUGUGAUUCCUGCCUGCAUGGUGGUGAUCUUGGUGUCCUACCUGUUUAUCAUCUUGGCCAUUAUGCAGAUCUCCUCACCUGGAGGCAGGGCCAAGACCUUUUCUACGUGUGCCUCCCACCUUACCACUGUGUCACUCUUCUUUGGCACCCUCAUCUUCAUGUAUCUGAGAGAUAACUCUGGCCGGUCCCCACAGGAGGAUCAGGUGGUGGCUGUGUUCUACACAACAAUGAUCCCUAUGUUGAACCCCCUCAUCUACAGCCUGAGGAACAAGGAAGUGAAGGAGGCCCUGAGGAAAAUUCUCAACAGAACCAAGUUGUCCUAA